CAUCUUAGGGCGCUUGUACACGCUAAGAAAAUUUGCCGUUCCUGCGGCAGACAAGACAAAUUCUUCGUGUAGACGACAAGAAUUUUGUCUGUUCCACACACGAAAACUUUUCGUGUCUUCCGCAGACAAGACCAAUGGAAACGUGUACACGACACGAUUCUUUUCGUGCAGUCGACAGUCGGGCGUAGGGCGCGCAAGUAAUAACAAGUGUAAUCAGUGAGUUUCGUUUAUUUAUAUAAAUGUUAACUACAAAGCAAAAAAGAAUGAUAAUUGCAUAUUAUUAUUAUAACAAAAUAAAAAAGGAAACAAAAAACAAGAGACUUUACUGGGUUCAUCCAAUUAUACAAGAGAAAAAUGAGUUUGGCGGGUUCAUUACCCUUUACCGUGUCAUGCGACAACAUGAGGAAAAAUUUGUGGAUUAUUUUCGCAUGAAAAUUUCUACGUUUGACAAGCUUUUGACAACAAUAGAAAAUAAUAUACGACAUGAAAAUACCAAAAUGCGAGAAAGUAUUCCUCCAUACAUUAGAUUGGCCGUAACAUUAAGGUAAGUAAUUUUUUUAAGCAUAUUGAUUUGAACGUUAUACAAUAAUAAAUGUCUUUGAAGUGUUACAUGUUUCCAAAUUCAACAGACUCCACAUGUUCAUAUUCUUCAGAAAAGUCAAAGUGAAAUUCAUCUGUAUGCGAUGUUUCCACACUACUAAUAGUUUCAGUGUCAAAUUCAAUGGAUGUAGAUUUUUGAGUACUGUAACCUGGUCGAGUCGAGUAUGAUGGGCCGGGUACGUUAAAUGACGACGUAGAAGGCUGCGUUGUUUUGUAAUACUCAGUACUCCAUUGAUGCUGAACAUCACUUCCCUUUCGUUGUUGCGUAGAACGCACAAGUUUUAAAACUUCAAACUGGAAAUCCACCAUUUCCUCAUCACUGAACUUAUCAACACUCGGAGCUAUACUUUUAAAAAAUGACAUGGCACGGCUCUCUUCUUCUUUGGUAGCAGCCUUUAUAAAUUCUGCCAUAUUUUUGUCCACCUCGCUAACAUCCUGUUUCUUUUUUUUCGCGAUCGGUGUAUGUUCUACGGGACUUUUUUCCACGUUUGUUGUUUCGGGUAUAUUUGACUCAGUGUCUCGGCGUGUUACAAUUUUUGUCAAAAAUAACAUUUCGUCGUAAAAAUCACAUUUACGAAUCUUCUUAGCACCCGAUCCCGAUUUCAUUUCUUUAAGUCUUCUGUGACAUUUCAUCCACCUAUCUCGCAAACUUGUCCAUUUUUUUGCUGUAGACUUUGCUGAAACAAAAAACGAACUACCGUUAGAAAGUAGGUACCAUCUAUUGCAAGUAGACAUAAACUUCAUAUAAAAAAGGAAAUGACCUCAUUGUAAGAGUAAGAACACACUUGCAAUUAAUCGCACUGCAAGUUGCAAGUGUGUUCUUGCUCUAAGACAUUGUUACAAUUUUUUACAGAUACAUGGCAACUGGAGAUGCCUUCGCACGUCUUCAUUUCGAUUUUCGAAUCGGAAUAAAAACAAUAGCGAACAUUGUACGUGAAGUUACUCAUCAUAUUUGGUCAGAAUUAUCUACAGUUUAUAUGCGGAUGCCAACACAAGAAGAAUGGUUGAAUAUAGCACAAAGAUAUGAAAUAAAUGCCAAUUUUCCACACUGUCUUGGAGCACUGGACGGGAAACAUAUUAGAAUAAUUAAACCCGAAGAAAGUGGAUCAAUGUUUUUAAAUUAUAAACAUUUCUUUUCUAUUGUUCUCAUGGCUAUUGUGGAUUCCAACUACAAUUACAUUUUUAUUGAUGUAGGGUCGUAUGGUAAAGAAUGUGAUUCAAAUGUUUUCAAAGAAACACAGUUUUGGAAAAAACUUGUUGACAAUACGUUAAACAUACCAUCCCCAUGCUCUAUAAUAAAUACUAACUAUAUAUUACCAUAUGUUUUUGUAGCUGAUGAAGCUUUCGCACUUCAUGCUAACGUACUUCGACCCUACGGUGGUAACGAACUCACAAAAGAACAAAAGAUAUUUAAUUAUCGCUUGACAAGGGCAAGAAGAUACGUCGAGUGUGCAUUUGGAAUAAUGGCCAACAAAUGGAGAAUUCUGCACCGAUCUUUAAACUUAAGUCUCGAUUUAACAGUUGCUAUUGUAAAAACUACUUGCGUUUUGCAAAAUUUUAUUCAUACAGAAGAAGGUCACGUUGAGCCUUUAAUCAAUCGAGACCGAUUAAAUAGUCCAUUGCAUUUAGAAGGCAAUAAUCUCACAGCAGACGAAAUUCGUCAAAAAUAUACUGAAUAUUUUUCCUCUGAUGAAGGAUCACUGCCAUGGCAAGAUAAAUACACAUAAAAAAUAAGUUCUAAAACUAAAACCCGACUACUAAAUUUUAAUCCAAAAAGUGUGAAACAAGGAAUUAUUCUUACCUGCCAUAUUGUUUAAAUAAACAAUUACAUGUUAUAUUUUUUUUCAUGUUUAUACGUAUUUUAUUAUAAGUAUUAGUCAUUAUCGUUUUUAGCAAAGCCGUGUCCGUAUGCUACUUAGCGCUAUUGAACUUAUGAUUGCUUGCAACUUAAAUCUUUUAUUGUAGAUGUAUUUAAUGUGGGUAACGACAAUGAUUAAUAUUUAUAAUAAUAUAUAGCUAUAUAGAAUAUAUCUAGUAAUCUGAAUUUUUGAAAAUUGUAAAAAGAUAGUAAUAUGUUGUAAGUACUUACCAUAUUCAUUUUUUUUGACAUUUGUCAUUUCGUCGAAGUCUUUGUUUAAGAUAGUAAAUAUUUCUCUCCAUGCUUCGUAUGUGAGUCUUUUAUCUUUAUAUAUGUCUAAAGUUUUGUCCCACAAUACCGGUCGUCCUUCUACUAAAGUUAUAAGUAACUCAUCAGCCAUUUUGUACUCUACGCUGCAAUACACGUCCACACCAAACGCACAACGCACAACAAAAACUGGGCUGGCUCAACCCUACUACACCGCCCCCCCGCCGCUCCGCAACAACGUUCGCCGCGUCGUGUCUUGCGCAGACAAGAUUUUUUUCGUGCACCGCUGCGAGCAGUGUACACAGUUAUUUUCUAGUUACGACACGAAUUCUUAGGUACGCCCGGCGUUUUUUCUUAGCGUGUACAAGCGCCGU